AUGGGGGAGGGAUACAACAAUCCCCGUGAGAACCUGAUUGGCCUCAGCAGGGCCCGUCGCCCGCACAACGCUAUCUUUGUGAACUUUGAUGAUGAAGAAAUCCCAGCAAAACCUUUGGAUGCUGCUGUACAGACCUGGAAGAAAGUGUGCACCAAUCCUGUGGAUAAAAAGGUGGAGGAAGAGCUGAGAAAGGUAUUUGAAGUCCGUCCUGUCUGGUCUCGGAAUGCAGUAAAAGCCAAUAUCAGUGUCCACCCAGACAAGCUGAAACUUCUGUUGCCGUACUUGGCCUAUUACAUGGUAAGUCUGUACAUCUGCGCUCCUGCCUGUCUGAGGCUGCCAGGAGGUUAUGCCCCCAAUGAUAUGCCUGUGAAAGCAAAACGCAGCAUGUAUAACUACAGUCUGCCCAUCACUGUCAAGAAGCAAGAAGAUGAGGAUGAUAAAGAGGAGGAGGAAGAGGACUUCAAGCCUUCUGAUGGGAGUGAAACGUGA